AGGCGCAUCUUCUGGACUGUCGUGUACCUUCUGAGCGCAGCAACAGCGCAACUCUAGAAGUUGCCAGAGAGGAAGAAGCAACUAGUCCACAUAGCCAAUGGGGCAGACCACAUUUGCUGUUCUUAGGCAGCCUGUUCCUUUUCGCUAUGGCCUUGAUUCCAAGGAUACCUGGUUUUCCUCGUCACUCUGUGCAGACUGGGCAUAUGACAGAUCUUUGGGACGAGGCAAUUAUCCAAUCGCAGCACAAAACCCAGGAGAAGUCCUCCUGUGGACACUAUGGAUGUGGACAGUCAGGGUUGCGGCUGGGAACCUGUGGCUGUGAUGACAGUUGCAUGGCGGAUGGAAGCUGCUGCUAUGACUACCAGCAGCUUUGCAAGGUCAGUUCGGCUGAAAGCUCCAAAGAUAAGGGCAAAGUCGGACGAUGUGCAACUUACGGAUGUUCCAAAGCCUAUCGCUACGAUCAUUCGUGUCAAUGUGUUCCCAGUUGCAAAGACUUUGGCGAUUGCUGUCCCGACUACACGUCGCACUGCGGGGCCAACCAGUCCCGUGCUUCUGAGAGGGCACCAAAGAAAAAUGAGGAGCCAAAAGUGAAAGCCGCUUUUGUACCUCAAGCAUAUGUGUCCGCAGGAUCGAAAAAGAAGCAUAAGGCAUUUGCGAAGGAUCGCGAAGCAAGCAUUCAACUUAUGCGAUGGCAGGCAGUGCGAAGCUGCCCUCCCCAGUUUCUGGACAAGACCAUUUUGGCGGGGAAACAGAUCGCCAAGUUGUCACAGAUCUCCACUGCAGCUGAUUGCCAGAAGGCUUGCACUGAUCACGGCACUACAUGCGAUGGAUUCGUUUGGGAGAUGAGCGGCACCUGUGUGCUGUCGGACCUGAAAAAUGAUCUUCCAAUGAUGGUGAUCCAGGAAGGCUUGAUUGCGGGCAUGCCGUGCUGUCGUCCUGGCGUCAAGCACAAUGAGUCACAGGUGCUCAGGGAUUGUCCUGAGAAUGCGCUGGACACAGACAUCACAACAAAUGCAGGCCUCCGCGACGUUCCAAAUGUGAAGAGCGCCUACAAAUGUCAGGAGGUUUGCACAAAAACAGCAGCUUGCGGUGCUUUUUCCUGGAAUCCUGGUGCUCAUAGGUGCAGUCUCAAACAGCUGGCACCAACAGAGACUACAAAAGUGAUGGCCAAGGCUGGCUUCGUGUCUGGCUUGCCAUGUGGUUGUCGAGCAACUCCGGAGAAUGCCCUGUGGCCCGGCAGCGACGUGGAACGCUUCACCAUGCCCUUGCCCCGAGGGCAAACCACCGCCAAGCCUGGCAGCCUCCUGUGUUUAGCACUGAUGGUGCCCUACUCAUACGAAGCAGGCUUACUGGUGAUGCAAUACAGGCAUCAUGUGGGGAUUUUCUCAUGCGACGAGUACCAGGUCUACAGCAGUCAGGCCAUGGUUUUGGCACCUGGACUUGAAACUCGGAAGGUGUUGACCAGUCAAAAGUGCGAAGUGGGAGGAGAAUUCAAGAGUGCUUUGAACCUCCGCAUUUUCGCAAGCUUUUGGAGGCAAGUCGUGAUAGACGGUCAGUACCUGCUCUACAACUGGAUUGUCAAGGCUGAUCCUGACAGUGUCUUCUUUCCGCAGCGCCUGCGGCCCAUCUUGAAACAACACGAAGCAGGUUCCAUGAGCCAAAGCAGCCCAGGAGUCUACUUCAACAACUGCAAGUUCGGAAUGCAUGGACCGCUAGAGGUCUUUUCCGUGGCCACCGUCCGCGCGCUGAGUUCCAGCUUUGUAGGUUGCUAUGAUUUUUUCCAGAAGCUUUGCAAAGGCGACUGUCAAUGGGGUGAGGACAUGUGGGUGGAUCAGUGCUUGAAGCGCUCUGUCCAAGCAAAACGUGUUUUCAACUCGGACUUGCUAUCGGAAGCUCACUGCGAUCCCUCGCCAGGCUGGCAAGAGUGCAAAGAUCCAAUCCGCGUGGCAUUCCAUCCUUUCAAAACAGUGACCGAUCACCGCAUUUGUCAGCAAUCUGCGGAGAUGGCUGCCAUUGCAGCUUAAGGCUGGCGAUGCGCAUACCAGCGAUUCGAGACCCCUGGCCUCGAAAUGGGUGCCGUGGCUUUCCCCUGAAGGGGAGGCCUCAGGUUCACCAGUGACAAGUUUAUUCUUAGCUCCAGAACCAUGCGACCAGACCAGGUG